AUGCCUCCCACGCUGCGCAAGCGCAAGGCGCCCGAGCCCGCGCCCGCUCCUCCUCCUGCCCCCAAGAAGGCUGCUGCUGCUGCUCCCAAGAAGGCUGCUGCUCCCAAAAAGGCCGCCGCCGCCCCCAAGAAGGCCGCCGCCGCCGCCGCCGCGCCCAAGAAGCAGGCGGCGCCUGCUGCUGUUGAAGAAGAGGCCGAAGCCGACAAGACAGAGCCCGCUGCCGCGCCGGCCAAGAGCUCCAAGCCGGUGGCGGUCGGCGACGUUGUUGUCCAUCUCGACGCUUUCGGCGGCGAGAUCAAGACCAAUGACGGCAAGGAGACGACGCUGAAGAAGCUCCUCGACGAGAGCAAGUCGGGCGUGGUCCUGUUUACCUAUCCCAAGGCGUCAACACCCGGCUGCACGAAACAGGUGUGCUUCUUCCGUGACGCGUACAAGCCCCUCACGGCGGACGGCCUCGCCAUCUACGGCCUCAGCGCCGACUCGCCCAAGGCCAACACCACGUUUCAGACCAACCAGAAGCUGCCAUACCCGCUGCUGUGCGACCCGGACUACACCUUGAUUGCCGCCAUUGGCCUCAAGAAGAGCCCCAAGGGCACCCAGCGCGGCGUCUUCGUCAUUGACAAGGAGGGUAAAGUCCUCGUCGCUGAAGCGGGCAGUCCUCAGGGCACCGUCGAUCGCGUCAAGGCCCUCGUCGAGGACCUCAAGGAAUAG